AUGGCGGCCGCGGCGCCGCCCAAUGGCUCCAAGGCGGUGACCCUCCUGCUCCGCCUGUGCACGUUCGGGCUGGCGCUCGCCUCGGCGGUCGUCAUGGCCACCGCGAGCGACUGCACCAUCUACGGCGCCGACAGCACUGUCGCCACCACCGUCACCUUCAAGAACUACUCACCCUUCAUCUACUUGGUUGCGUGCAACAUCACCGCGGCGAUCCUGGAGAUGGCGGCGAUCUACCUGCAGCUUGUCAUCAAGGGCGACAACGAGGAGGAGGCGCCCGUGCUUCCCGGGGUCAUCCUGGUCGUCCUCGACGUCGCCGUGCAGGUGCUCCUCUACUCAUCGUCGGGUGCGGUGUGA